AAAUAUUGUGCCUCCGAUUUUCAGGUGCUGCCCCGAGGCGUCAGUGGAGAUGUGUACAAUUUGGCCGAUUGCCUCAUGCAGCAGGCGCUGAUUGGCUCCACAGCCAAUCCACUGGUACUCAACUACCUGAAGCACUCGUUGUGUGCCCACCUCGUCUCGCAUGGCGCAGUGCUCCGCUGCAUAGCCAGAUAUGAUAAACUGGAGCGUAUCUACUGCAUCACAUCGCUGCUGGAGUUUCUAGUACAUACAUACAUACAUUUGUAUGUACAUAUAUCUAACAGAUUUAAUUUUUGGCGGGGAACAUGGAUGUGACUUAAUUACUUAAAAGUCUUGAAAUUAAGUCAUAUCAAGUCGACUCAAAGGUCAGAUUAAUUUUUGACCCCAUUUAAUAUAUAAUGGCCUCCUCGUGGUGUUCCCUGGGUACCGAUCUUCAAUCGGGAGCCAAUUCGAGCGGCGACUUUAAGUACAUAUGUAUGUAUGUAUGUAUUUACGUAUAUACAUAUAUGUAGUUACAUAUAUGAACAUUCUUAAGGCAUAUCCUCUAUUUAUAGAAAGAAAUAUAUACAUAUAU